AUGAGUGACCUUGAUUCAUUUUCACAGAAUUCUUAUAAAUCAAAGACUUCUUCAUAUUCAAAGAAACCAAAUCAAAUUUCAUUUAAACAAUUAGCUGAAAAAAGUUUAUUAGAUAUUAAACACAAAUUUUAUGAAUCAAAUUCUAUUAUUCAACCAAAAGAAGAAAGUAAUUUAAAAUUAUUUAAAAGAGUAAGUAGUAUGAAUAGUACUAAUUAUGAUUGGAAAAGACUAAGGUGUUUUCAUUUUAGUUUAAAAGAAAUGAGAAUUAAUGAUUUAAAUAUGAAAGGAAUACCAAUUGGAAUGUAUAAUAUUAUGAAGUAUCUUUAUAAUUCUCUUAGUAAUAAUCUUGAUUGGUUUGAACAAAAAGAAAUAAUGGAAUUUUCUGAAAUAAGACAAAUGAAAAAAGUUGAUUCUUUAUUAUCUUUAACUACAUUUGAAUUAUUAAAAAAUUAUUCAUUAAAGAAAUUACUUCAAUUAGGUAUUACUCAAAAAGAUGCUGAACGUAUUCUUUUGUUAUGUAAACAGAAUGACCAUAGAGAUUAUUUUAAACAUUUAAAUAAAAAUUCAUUAUUUGAGAAUGAAGACAUUAAAUUAUAUUUCAAUUUAAUUAAUAAAUUUAAUUCAUCUCAAAUUCCUUUAUUAAAUAGUAUUUGUACAAUACAAAAUGCAUUUGUAUUAUUAAAACUAUUCUUUUUAUUUCUUCCUACUCCAAUUAUUCCAUUUUGUUUUUUAGAUUUUAUUAAACAACAAGAAAACUCUAAAUUAAAUAAUCAAAUUGUUAUCAACAAAUUAAAAGAAUUGGUAGGAAAAGUAGAAUUCAAUGUUAUCAAAGAGUUAUUCAAAUUUAUAAAUGAAAUUAGUGAAAUGACACAAUUAUCUUCUGAUGAAUAUAAAGAAUUUGUAAAAUGUUAUUUUAAUGCAAUGUUACAACAAGGUGGAUUUAAAAAACGAUUUGUUAAAUAUUUUAAUGGUAUUACUGAAAAUGAACAAUUUAUUGGAACAGAAUAUAUUCAUCAAAUUGAAGGAGAAAUAAUUGUAUUAAGAAUAGAUGAGUCAUAUUGUCCUUUAUACAUAUUAAAUGGAAAAGAAGUUCUUGAUAUGAAAAAUACAUCAACAUACGUUAAAGGGAAAUUGUUUAUUACUAAUUACAGAGUAUUAUUUAUUCCAUCACAAUUUAUUCAAGAAGAUUUUAUGAGAUUCCUUGGAGAAUGUUGGAUUGGAGAAAUUGAUUCUAUUUCUACUUUUGAUAAAGAUGAAGGAUUUUAUGUUAAAUUUCAAUGUAAAAAUAUAAGAGUGUUAUCAUAUUAUUGUAUUAGUACUAAAUUUAAUUUUAAUGAAAUUAUUGGUCAUCUUCAAAGUUUACAAAAUUAUCCAAAUGAAAUUAUUUCAUUACCUCAUAAUGUUAUGAUAAAUAAAAAUAUUGAUAUAAUAUGUUCACAGGAGGCAACAAGAAUGAAAAUUAUUUCAAAUGAAAAAGGGAAAUAUUAUUCUCCAAAUUUACCAUUAUAUUCUCAUUGUGUUAUUGAUACUAUUGAAAUUAAUAAACCUGUUGUUAUUGUUUAUCAACAUUUAAAUAAAAGUAAAUUGUUACGAUUAGCUAAAAUUAUUAAUGAAGAUUUAUAUGAAGAAGUUUAUGACAUAGGAAGUAAAGCAGAAAAAGCAUUAAAAAUAUAUUGUAAAAGUAUAGAUAAUAUGGAUAAUAUUGAUAAUAUAUUUCAAGACUUAAAAAAUUUUGUUUGUGAAGAAUCAAUAAAUUCAGAAAAUAUAAAGAGUUAUAAUUCUUUAUUGAAGUCUAUUAACGAAAUAGUUAAUAAUCUUUUAUUUAAAGUUAUAAUGAUUUUUGAUAAUCUCCAUAAUUCCUGCGAAGAUAUUUUAUUAAUUAAUGAUAAAACUGGUGAAGAAGAUGUUUCUAUAUUCUCAUUCUUAACUCAAAUAAUUGCAGAUCCUUAUUACAGAACUUUGAAAGGAUUUCUUAUUUUAUUUCAAAAAGAAUUUAUUGGAUUUGAUGCUUUCAUUUCUAGUCAAACAUUGUUACUUUUAGUAUUAUUUUUUUUAGCAAUAGAAGAAUUAAUUAAUCAAAACUUAUCUCAAUUUCAAUUUGAUUCCAGACUAACUUACUUCUGGAUAACUCAUAUUGGGAGUAGACGAUUUAAUAAUAAUAAUGAAAAUGGAAAAUGUGACCAAUUAAGUGCUAUUAUUAAUUAUAUAUAUUCUGAUUCUUCUAGAUUUAUUAAUCCUUUUUAUAAACCAAUACAAACUGAAUUAAUAUUUAAACCAUAUAAAUGUUAUUAUUCAUUUGAUAAGUGGUUAGGAUAUUCAAAAGAUAAUAUUAGUCUUUUUAAUAAACUUAACAAAGACAAAGAGGUAUUACAAUUUUCAAAAAGGAAUAUUUCUCAAUUUCCACCUUAUCAGUCACUAACAUUAUUAUUAAAAGAUGUUUUAUCUAUUGACCUUUCAUCAAAUAGGAUGAGUGAGUUUCCACCAUCUUUGUGUUUAAUGACAAAACUCAAUAAAAUUUCAUUGCAAAGAAAUGAAAUUUAUUAUAUCACUGAUGAAAUAUCAAAAUUAACUAAUUUAAAUGAACUUUCUUUAUCUCAUAAUAAUAUUACAAUACUUCCAUCAUUAAUUUCUCUUCCAUUGAAAUUACUUGAUAUUUCUUUUAACAACUUAGACAAACACCAGGCAUUAGAAUUGAGUCCAACGAUUGAAACAUUUAUUGCUCAAGGUGUAAAGUAUUAUCCAACACCAAUUUGUGAAUUAACAAACUUAAACAUAUUAGAUUUGUCUCACACAAAAUUUGAAUUAGAGCCAUUAUUCAAUAACCCACCAAACCAUUUAAAAGAAUUAAUUUUACAACAUUGUGAACUUAGAAAAAUACCAGAACAUAUAACAAAAUUAUCAGUCACUAAACUUGAUGUAAGUCAUAAUUAUAUAAUGAAAAUAAACCAUUCAUUCUUUUCUUGGAAUAGUCUUAUUGAGUUGAAUCUUCGAGAUAAUCAAAUAUAUACAAAGAGCGUUUUAUUUAAUAAUAUGGAUAACCUUAUAGAUUGCCAUAUUGAUGCUCAAAUUACACAAAGUUCUUUAUCUUGUGAUACUGAUAACAUUGAUAUUCAAGCUAUUCAACAAGUUAUUAUAAGUGGAGAUGAACUUCGCAAUGAUGUUUUCCAAUAUCUUCUCAAGAAGAUGAAAAAAUAUGGAAGUAUUAGAGAAAUAAAAGAGUUGGGGUUUGAUUUUAUUAUAAAGUCAAGUAAAAAGAAAGAAAAAAAAGGAUCUUCAGAAGUGCUAGCUACUAUUCAUUUUAAAGUUAAAACACCAGAAGAAAUUGAAGACACUCUAUGGGAAUAUUCAAAAUGUAUUUUCGUUGUUUGUAAAUCAACAAAUGAGAAUAGUAUUAGUGAAAGAGUUAUGGAGAUGUUAAAGUUACUUCCUUAUUCAUUAAAGAUACAUUUUGUUAGUGGACUAGAGCGAUGUGAGAGGUAUAUAGAAAUGUAUAAAGAAUUAAGUAUUACAGUUCAUAAAAAUAUUGGAGAUAAAAAUAAAUGGAGUGGUUUAUCAAAGAAAAUCUUUGAACAAAUUAAUGGUAAAGUUAAUAAAGAUGUAAAACCUUAUGUUCAAGUAAUGGUUGAGUUAAAUGUUUUAGAAUUUGAUCAAUUUUGUCUUAAUAAACAAAAAUUUUCAGAGAUUGUUCAUUGUCUAAAUUUAUCAGAUAAAGAGAAAGAAAUAUAUGAGGUAUUAAUUAAAUGGGGAUAUUUUAUUCAAAUGCCAUCUGUAUCUCCUUUUAUUGAACAAACAAUUAAUUUAAAUAAAGGAGAUAUGGUUUUGAUUGACUUCUCAUUCUUUAAACGAUUUUUGAAUAUUGCAGAUUCAACACUGACAGUAAAUGGUUUCUUCACAGUUAAGAUUUUUGAACGAUUAAACAUUCAACAAGAAAAUCUAUAUCUUUUAUUAAUUCUUUUACAACAAUUUGGUAUUUGUUAUAUUCUAACUAAACAAUUUGCUGCAAUUGUAAACGAAGAAAAACGAUUUAAUGAACUUUAUUCUGAAUUAAUUAAUAAUAAAAGUGAAACACCUUCGAUAGAAGGGACAAUAAGUUCAUGUUCUUGUAGUUGUUCAGUUAGUUCUGAAUAUACAUUUAGAAGAGAACCAAAGACUAAAGGAGAAAUGUUAAAUCUUGAAAAUGUAUUAAUAUAUCCAUCUUGUUCAUUUAAAACAUGUGAAAUAUCUCCAAAAAAAAGUGAAAAAGAAAAGAAGGUAAAAACAGUUGAUGCUAAUUAUUUAAAAGAAAAUAGUAUUAAUAAACAAUGGCCGAGUCAUCAUUAUAAAAAUGAAAUUGAAGUUGGUAGAGUCUUAACUUUAACGUCUUUGAACUUUAAAAUUUUAAGUUGUAUAUUAGCAAUGGUAGCAUUAAAAUAUCAUGUCAUUAUACAAUGGAAGAGUGGAAUUCUUGUUUAUUUAGAAGAAUCAAAUGAAAAAAAUUAUUUAAUGAUUUAUGGAAAUUUAAAUCAAAAAACUAUUAUUAUUAGACAACGUUAUCUUAUUACUUCUAGUGAUUCUUGUUUCAUUGCAAUUAAUGAAUUAAAAGAAAUAACAGAAUUUAUUCAAAAUAUACUUUCAAUACAUUCUAUAAAAAUUGAAAGUAUAGAUAUUUAUUGUCCAUCUUGUUUAGAAAAAGGAGUUUUUCAUAUUGUUAGUCAAGAGUCUUUAAAGAAAGGAAUAAAUCAAUUACAAGCAUUUAUUAACGAUAAACAAUGUUCAAUUAAUUUAGUCUUAUCUUCAUUUGACUUAAUGAUAAAGAAAUUUAAUAAUCAAUAUUUAAUGGAUAUUAAUAAUUUUAAAUUUAAACAAAGAAUAUCAAAUGGAUCAAAUUCUAUUAUCAAUUUAUUUGAAACAUUAAAAAAUAUUAAUGGAAUUAAAAAAGGGACUUUAGUUAUAAUAAAACAGUCAAACUUUGAUUUAACAAAUAUAAAUUUACAUAACGAUAAAAGUGCAGCUGAAAUAUUUGGUAAUUAUGUUCAAGAAUAUCUUAGAGAAAUUUCAUUUAUUGGAUUUAGUUCAAGUAAGUAUAUAGCUAAAAUUUAUGGGUUUAGUAUUCAGCCAUUGUCAAUUAUAAUGGAAUAUUUUAAUGGUGGAAAUUUAUUUAAUCUUCUUCAUGAUGAAAACAUAGAAUCAAAAUAUUCCUUAACUCCAAAAAUACUUAUUCAAUUUGCAACUCAGAUUGCUGAAGGUCUAAAUACAUUACAUCAUGCUUCUGAUCCAAUUUUACAUAGAGACGUUAAGUCUCCAAAUGUUGUUAUUCGAAUAAAUAAUGAUGGAUUAGGAACAUGUGCAAUCACUGAUUUUGGUUGUUCAAUUCCUUAUUCAUUAAAUAAUACUAAUAAAGUAGAAUGUCCUUAUUGGCUUGCUCCAGAGUGUAUUAUAAACAAAAAGGCAUGUCUAAAAAGUGAUGUGUAUUCAUUUGGAAUGGUUUUGUGGGAAAUGUCUACUAAAAAAAUUCCAUUUGAAGAGUUUAGAUUCUUUACUGAAAUUGAAGACAAAGUAAUCAGUGGAUAUAGACUACCAUUAGAUCAGAAAGAAACAUACUUCAACCAAUUAAUUGAAAUGUGUUGGAAAUCAAAUCCAGAUGAAAGACCAUCUUUUGAUGAAGUUCUAAAACUCUUAAAAAGUAUUAAUGUUGGUAAAUAA